UUGCAUGUCGCAUGUCGCACGCUCGGCGCUGCUGCGCGGCCAACUUAACGUGGUUUUCGCAUAUAAAGCCGUUCGUUGCAACGGUUAGAGCAUCAGUUGUUGAUUGACUCUCUCGACUUACAUAGCUCUUAAACAUAGAGACAACAACAUGAAGGUAUUUGUGUGUUUAUUGGCGGUUUGCGCCAUUGCGAAUGCAGGCAUUAUUGGCGGCGGCGGCGGUGGUUGGUCCAGCGGCGGAGGCGGUGGUGGCGGCUGGUCUAGCGGCGGCGGCGGCGGUGGCGGCGGCAGUGUCAAGAUUGUGAAGAUCAUUGAUGCUGGUUCCGGCGGCCAUGGUGGCGGCGGCGGCGGUGGUGGUUGGUCAAGUGGUGGAGGCGGCGGUGGCGGCUGGUCCGGUGGUGGCGGCGGCGGCGGUGCCGAUGUCAAGAUCAUCAAAGUCAUCUCACAUGGCGGUGGUGGCGGCGGCGGCGGCGGUGGCGGUUGGUCUAGCGGUGGUGGUGGUGGCGGUUGGUCCAGCGGCGGCGGCGGUGGCGGCUGGUCUAGCGGUGGUGGUGGCGGCGGCGGCUCCGUCAAGAUCAUUAAGGUCAUCUCAGAAGGAGGUAGCGGUGGCGGCGGCGGCGGUUGGUCCAGCGGUGGCGGCGGUGGUUGGUCUAGCGGUGGUGGUGGUUGGUAAAUUGCCAAUCAACACAGCGAAAAAGCUAACCUCCUUGUGAUAUGCAUCAAGCCAAUAGUGUUCAAAUUCAUCGUAAACUUUACAACAAAAUUUUGCAAUUCUCGUUGCAAUACAUGCCCUGCCAUAAACAUACCUAAUCAUCCACCAUCUGGCAGCAACAUAAAAAUCAUCAAAGCACAGCUAUACAGACCGUUUUGAAAAUCUUCAACGCUGAAUUGUAUUGCCAAGAGUCACCGUCUACUAGUAUGUCUUUUUAAAAUACUCAUAUGUGACUUGAUGAAUCUACCGACCUCUUACUACAUAUUUACAUCUGUACAUACAACUUUUGUACAUAAAUCCACUAUUUUUUUAGCAAAAAAUAAAGUAAACAAAAAAUUACAAUAUAGUUA